AUGGAUAGAUGCAAACAUGUAGGGCGGUUGCGGCUCGCCCAGGACCACUCCAUCCUGAACCCGCAGAAGUGGUACUGCCGAGAGUGCGCCACCACCGAGUCGGUGUGGGCUUGUCUCAAGUGUUCGCACGUGGCCUGCGGCCGCUACAUCGAAGAUCACGCCCUCAAACACUUCGAAGAGACCGGACACCCGCUAGCCAUGGAGGUCCGGGAUCUCUACGUGUUCUGCUACCUGUGCAAGGACUACGUGCUCAACGACAACCCGGAGGGGGACCUGAAGCUGCUGAGAAGCUCCCUCCUGGCGGUCAGGGGCCAGACGCAGGACCCGCCGCUGAGGCGCGGGCGGACGCUGCGGUCCAUGGCGGCGGGCGAGGACGCCGUCCAGCCGCAGCGCGCUCCUCAGGGACAGCCGCAGAUGCUCACGGCUCUGUGGUACCGGCGCCAGCGCCUGCUGGCCAGGACGCUGCGGCUCUGGUUCGAGAAGACCUCGCGGGGCCAGGCCAAGCUGGAGCAGCGGCGGCGGGAAGAGGCGCUGGAGCGCAAGAAGGAGGCGGCGCGGCAGCGGCGGCUCGAGGUGAAGCGACGGCUGCUGGAGGAGCUGGCCAGCGCCCCUCCGCGCAAGAGCGCGCGCCUGCUGCUGCACGCGCCCCGCGCCGCCGCGCCGCGCGUGCCCGCCGCGCGCGCGCCCGCCGGGCCCCGUCCCCCGCCGCGCCGCGCGCCCGCCAUGGCGCCCGGCGUCACGGGCCUGCGCAACCUGGGCAACACCUGCUACAUGAACUCCAUCCUGCAGGUGCUCAGCCACCUGCGCAAGUUCCGCGAGUGCUUUCUGAACCUCGACCCGUCCAAGACGGAGCAGCUGUUCCCCAGGGCCGCCAACGGCAAGGCCCCGCUCUCAGGCAGGCCGGCCAGCAGCUCAGCCCCCGAGCUGUCCUCGCCCGGGAGCGACGGGACCGAGGCCUGCGAGCGCGAGGGCCUCUGCUUGAACGGUGGGACCUCCCUCAGCAGGAGCCUAGAACUCAUUCAGAACAAGGAGCCCAGCUCGAAGCACAUCUCCCUCUGCCACGAACUGCACACCCUCUUUCGCGUCAUGUGGUCGGGGAAGUGGGCCCUGGUGUCGCCCUUCGCCAUGCUUCACUCGGUGUGGAGCCUGAUCCCCGCCUUCCGCGGCUACGACCAGCAGGACGCGCAGGAGUUUCUCUGCGAGCUUUUGCACAAAGUGCAGCAGGAACUCGAGUCUGAGGGCACGACGCGCCGAAUCCUCAUCCCCUUCUCCCAGAGGAAGCUCACCAAGCAGGUCUUAAAGGUGGUGAACACCAUAUUUCACGGACAGCUACUUAGCCAGGUCACUUGCGUGUCGUGUGGUUACAAAUCCAACACCGUCGAGCCUUUCUGGGAUCUGUCGCUGGAGUUCCCUGAGCGCUAUCACUGCGCAGAAAAGGGCUUUGUCCCUUUGAACCAGACCGAGUGCCUGCUCACCGAGAUGCUGGCCAAGUUCACGGAGACAGAGGCCCUGGAAGGCAGAAUCUACGCCUGUGACCAGUGUAACAGCAAACGACGAAAAUCCAAUCCAAAACCCCUUGUUCUGAGUGAAGCUAGAAAGCAGUUAAUGAUCUACAGACUACCUCAGGUCCUCCGGCUGCAUCUUAAAAGAUUCAGGUGGUCUGGCCGUAAUCACCGAGAGAAGAUUGGGGUCCAUGUCGUCUUUGACCAGGUAUUAACCAUGGAACCUUACUGCUGCAGGGACAUGCUCUCCUCUCUUGACAAAGAGACCUUUGCCUAUGAUCUCUCCGCAGUGGUCAUGCAUCACGGGAAAGGGUUUGGCUCAGGACACUACACAGCCUAUUGCUACAACACAGAGGGAGGUUUUUGGGUCCACUGCAAUGACUCAAAGCUGAAUGUAUGCAGUGUCGAGGAAGUGUGCAAAACUCAAGCCUACAUCCUUUUUUACACUCAGAGAACAGUUCAGGGCAAUGCAAGAAUCUCAGAAACCCAACUCCAAACUCAGGUGCAUUCCAGCAACAACGAUGAGGGCAGACCACGGACCUUCCCCUGAAUGGGAGGAACAUUAUCAAGGACUGACUUGCUUUUAAACUCUUGGUAUUGGUACAUCUUUCCUCUUACAGGAAAUAAGGUUUACUGCAGGAACAGAUUACUAGGUUUGCCUCACUGGGUCUAGAGCAGAAGGUGCCGGGUGUCUGGUGUCCUAUCACAAAAUCUGUAGUCACUUUCUUUUAAAUGGGUUUAUAAAAUUCCCUCCUUUGUUAAAGCAAAUCAAAAGGAGUAACUUCUAUGAAGAUUCUUUCAACAGUUGCUUCUGAAUAUAGAGGGAUCUGGGUGGAGGAAAGAGGGAGUGAGUUGGUCAUAUCCAGCUGUGUUUUCUUCCUAUUAUGUGAUUCCCCUGCUAAUCAGGACCCCUUGCAGCACCGGAAGAGCCUCCUGACGCGAGCAGCCUUCAGCAGAGCACUGGAGGGCACGGAGGGGCCCUGGGCUGGCAGCUUGCUGGACGGGAUUGGUUCCAAGGCGGGAGGUGAAGUCAGGACUUUUUCCUACAGAGGAAGUAGUCCUCAAGGGUUGAAAAUUUAGAGACUUCCUUUUUUAGGAGAUAGCAGCUGAAGAAUGGAAGGAGGUGCAUGGAGCAAAGUUCUCCAUGCAAAAUGGAGGUUUUUCACAUGUCGUAUUCUGCCUGGCUGCUGCUGUCAUUUAAUCAUUCCACAUCUUCUGAGAUGGCACGAACAUCCCUUCAUUCUAAUGAAGGAGCAGUUCAUAUGGGGAAGCAAGAAACUGGCACAUGACAUGCUCUUUGUGGCACGCUGAGCCUAAGUGCACUCCUGGAUACUCAAUUCUGUAGCAAACUCCUGGUUUGGGUCUAGGGCAAGCAUGCAGUUUGGUUUAAAUUGGUCUUUUUAGGUCAGGUUUCUGAGGCUUUCUCAGAACUCAGAGGGUGGGGGUGGGGAGCCAGUGGUCCAGGGCUUAUCGAAAUGCCUGUCCCCCGUUCUCACCUUGGUGCAGCAUGCAGCUUUUCUGAACCUGCAGCUUAUUUCCUGUUCACAAGGUGUGGGAGCUUUUGCUUUUCGAAGGCUGAGGACUCUUCCUCCUAUAUGUCUGAACAGUUUAUUGCUGACACCCCUGGCCGGUUUCCUCCAAAAUCUGCUAAUCCCUAAUGUUUCUUUACCCACACACCCUCAGUCCAUCAGAGAAAAAAAGCAAGUGCCCUGUCCUUCACUUCAGUGCUAGUAAGAUAUGUCUUUCUUUUUUAAACUGGGUCAGUUUCUAAGUGGUAUGAAAUUGCCCAGAUAGAAGCCCUCUGCGCUGUCGGGCACCACUGAAUUUCCCUCCUCGGUCCUUCACUUUGACUCACUAGUAAAAGUGAAUGCGACCAUAACUCUCACUGGGGAGUGCCACAGCGCCUCAGCCUGCCACUCGGAAUGCUCGUCUUUUGACUGAGUAGGUCAUAUUAACGUUCAGGUAGAAGUACAGCUGUCACCUGAAGGGAGUAGAUGUGAAGGAAGUUUGGGGAGGGGUGGGAAGUUGGGAAACGAGAGGCUAAAGAAUGAGGGGCGUAGCUUUAGCAAUGUUGAAGGACCACAUUUCCCAAGCAGAUCUGUAUAGCAUUUGCUGUUGACCUCUUUUGAGAUGAAUUCUCCCAUAGGACCUGCCAGACAGCACUGAGAUUUGGAGGAAAUCAGACAGAAAAUGGCUCACCGUGAUAAGGAAAGGGAGUGACUAUACUUUAAAUUAAACUUGCUUUUUCCAACACUGUGAGGUUUCUGUAAUAUUUAGCUUUUAUUUGGAAGCGAUAGCGUAUGGCAUUUUUUAUGCUAUUUGGUUUAUAUUGUCUACUGCAGGCUUCUUUGUACAAGCUUGGCCCGGGCUUACCCUCACUUGGACACUGUUUUAAAGUGUCACAGCCGCCCAUGCUGCCAGAGGCUCUGAUAUGAGGCUAUAGUCUCUAGAUCCACAUUUUUAAGUUGGCAUGAUUGGUGAUGACCUUUUGUGGCAAGAGAAAAGCUGAUUUAAAAAAAAAAAAAGUAAAAAGGGAAGGAAAAUAUAAAUUGUGCCUCAUCUUUCACUGAAUGCUAUCUUUAUUAUUCUAGAAAAAGAGAACUGACAAAUGAAGAAAUACUAUACAGCAUCUACUAAAUCCCUCAGGCUGUCUGGGGGAUGGGGAAUGAGAAAAACAUCUCAUGGAAAAUUAAAACAUCUUCCAAUUUAAUUUUUAAAAAGUUUUAUACCAAAAGUUAAGAAUUAAGCAGACUAAGGACUUUGUAUUAGUAGGGUAAGUGCUUCAAAUUAAUAAAAUCAUUUGAAGUGAGUUGGAACAGAAACCAAUACCAGAGUCCUCAAAGAGCUGCACACACUUGAAGGUGCCCCUGCAGUCAGACACCUCAGGAACCCAGAGGCAGCAGCAAUAGACGCUGUUGAGAAGUUAGUAUUUAUGGAGAUUUUUAUUAAAGAAAAAGAGUUUCCUGCUGCAUAAGCCAAUGGCUGUUGUGAGGGAAAUGUCCCUUUGCCUUUAAUUUAUUUACAUACUGGAAGUAGAUGAAUUUCUUAGUUGCAUCUUACUUUAAGUCAAAACAUUGUAAAGAAAAUAAGAACCAGGUGGAAGUUGACUAGAUGCUGCCAAAUCAAAUCCAAGAUCUCCUAACUGAACCUUACGGGCCUGCUCCUCUCCCAGACAAGUAGUUACAGCCCUGUUCUAGGAACCCUUUGUAGUUGGCUGGUGUGUUUACUUUCUGCUGUAGCCAGCCAAGAUGAAUGCACCCUGGCCCUCAAAUUUUUACCUCAGUCUAGCUUGACUCUCAUACUUGUGGUUGCCUCGGAGAUAAGCAUUCAUGCUAGUGUUAAAAAAAAAAAAAAAAAAUUAGGAAUGCCCUCAAUGGCUAGGAACUGAAGCUCUUAUUCAAGAUGGCAGACCUCUUGCCUGCUUUGAUCCAGUUCCUCUCAGGCUGACGGGGACAGUGCCACACUGUAAAGAAUUUCCAGAUGUCUCUUAAAAUGUCAUGAAUAAAAUUGGGAACUAUAGAAGUGUUAAUGUGUCCUAUGGACUCAAUAGCAGAGUUUAUUUUUGUUUUUAAUGUCAAGGUUUCUAGAGUCAACGAUUGUGCGUUUUCCACUCUGGCUAUGAUUACAGUUCCAUCCAAGUGUAAGAACUAAUGAGGUGGGUUGGCAGGCAGUGGGGCACAGCCCUAGCCAGGUCCCAGCAUAAACGUGAGAGGUUGACAGUAGUACAGAAUGAAGACUUGGU